UUAAUUUUUCGAGAAAUUUAACUUCAAAUUUUGAUAGACAUAAAAAUCUGACAAAACUGGUACGAAUUUGGUGAUGAUCUUGAAUGAGGAUUCUGAAAUCUAUCUAAUUUCACGAAGAGUCAGUAGCAGUCGCUGCUCGAUACGCUGGUGUCCAUAACGGGACGUUUCUGUCGCUAUCUACACCCCCCUUUUGUUCAAUUUCUAAACACAUUCGAUCUAACAAUCAACAACAUGAAGCUGCAGCUUCGAAUCUUUCUCAUUCCUCUCCUCCUCGUGUUUCUCGCCCCAUUAUCUUCUUCUUCGAAGCCCAAAGACCCAUUUCUCGGAAUCGCUCCCCAAGAUGAAAAAUAUUACAAAUCUUCCGAUGUAAUAAGAUGUAAAGAUGGAUCCGCUAAUUUCAACAAAGAUCAGCUCAAUGACGAUUUCUGCGAUUGCCCCGAUGGCACCGAUGAACCUGGUACAUCUGCGUGUCCGCGUGGAAAAUUUUAUUGUCGUAAUGCUGGGCAUUCCCCUCUGUAUCUGUUUUCGUCUCGAGUCAAUGAUGGAAUUUGCGAUUGCUGUGAUGGAAGUGAUGAAUAUGAUGGUAAAGCAAAGUGCUCAAAUACAUGCUGGGAGGCUGGGAAAGCUGCGCGAGAGAAGCUGAGAAAAAAGAUUGCCACAUAUCAAGAGGGCGUCAAAGUGAGAAAGCAAGCAAUUGAACACGCACAUUUAGCUCUGGAGAAGGAUGAGGCAGAACUUUCAAAAUUGAAAAAAGAAGAAAGUAUACUUAAAGGGGUUGUGAAACAGUUAAAGGAUCAUAAAGAACAAAUAGACAAGGCUGAGGAGAAGGAGCGUUUACAGAAAGAAAAAGAAGAGAAACAGAAGAAAGAGGCUGAGGAAAAGGCUAAUGAAAAACAAGUUAAAACCAAUGAAGAAGAUACAGGAAUUGAAAAUGAAGCUGAAAAGCAUUCAGACAUCGAAGACAAUUUCGCGGCAAGUAUUCAUGAGAAAAUUGAGGUUAAAGAGGACUCUCCAGUUGAUCAGGAUGAAGCUGGGGAAAAGCUAGCUGACACACUUGAAAAUUUUGAUAAAGCCACUGAUACCUCUGAAAGUGAAGGAUCCUUGUUUGAUAAAGUGGAAGAGAAUGCAAAAGAAGCUGAGAGAGAACCCACUGUUGAAUCUGAAACGGAUUUGACAACUGGAAAGACAGAGUCUUCUGAUGAAGCCAUCGAUACGGGGAAAGAAGCAUCUGAGAAUACUGAUGGAUUGUCAAAGGAAGAAUUAGGCAGGCUUGUUGCUUCUCGUUGGACAGGAGAAGAUGUUGGAAAGAAAAGUGUUGAAGCCAACACUGCAUUAGACAAUGAAGAUCAGGAAGAUAUUCUACACGGGACAAAUAAUGAAGAGAAUGAAGGAUAUGCUUCUGAAACUGAUGACGACACCAGCAAAUAUGACGAUGACACCGGAAAAUAUGACGAUGACACUGGCAAAUAUGACGAAGAUAUAAACGAUGAAGAAUUUCAAGAGGAUGAGCACGAAGACCUUAGUUCCUCAUACAAAUCUGACGUUGAGAGUGAACCAGACUUGUCAGAUGUUAGCACAACAGAUGACCCUUCUUGGUUAGAGAAAAUACAGAAAUCUGUAUGGAAUAUUAUUCAGGUCGUCAAUAUAUUCCAGACACCCGUGAAUCAGUCAGAUGCUGCUCGUAUACGCAAGGAAUAUGACGAAUCAAGUGCCAAGUUGUCUAAAAUACAGUCUAGAAUAUCGAGCCUGACACAAAAGCAAAAACUUGAUUUUGGUCCAGCAAAGGAGUUUUAUUCAUUCUAUGAUCGUUGCUUUGAGAGCAAGCAGAACAAGUACAUUUACAAAGUCUGCCCCUAUAAACAGGCUAGCCAGGAGGAGGGCCAUUCCACCACCCGUUUGGGGCGCUGGGACAAAUUUGAGGAUUCAUACAAAGUAAUGGUGUUUUCUAAUGGUGAUCAUUGCUGGAACGGUCCUGAUAGGAGUUUGAAGGUCAAGCUAAAAUGCGGACUGACAAACGAGAUUACUGAUGUAGAUGAACCAAGCCGUUGCGAGUAUGUAGCUUUAUUAGCUACCCCAGCCCUUUGUCAGGAAGAAAAGCUGAAGGAGUUACAACACAAGCUAGACCUACUGAAUUCGGAACAACCAGAAAGCCGUGAUGAGUUGUGAAAACUCAGAUGAAUCUUAACUGCUAGUAUGAAGAUCAUGGAGCAACUGAUGAAGUAAUGACCUUAAGUUUUGUAUACUAGAGCUUACCCAAAUUUGGUAUUGGCUGGGGUUAGGGAGAGGCUAGGACUAGGAGCGUGUUUGGCUCUGGGUUGGGAAUCCUUAUGUCUCAUCUGGUUUGGCAACAUUCUGAUAUGACUGAUUCCUUAGCGCAUUUUUCUUUUAUUAAAAUCACAAUGACUACUUGGUCUGUGGCUCUCCUUCAGAUUGCCCGUUCCAUUUUCAAAGGAGAUCUUUAUACGAAAAUACUAGACACGAUGCAUAAUACUAGACGGCCCAGAGAUUCUGAAACCAAAUUUUGGUUAGAAUGAGUUUACAUCAUUAUUUUUUUUUUUGAAGAAGGAGUUUACAUCAUUAUUAAUUUUAGAUGAAGUGGUUUGAACUUUGAACAACCAUCUUACACCGUUCUAGUGUGAUUCCUAGAUUUUUA